GCCAUUUAUUACCCAUGUUCAUGGCUAAAUCCUGGAUUUUAUGAGAGUCAACAUCAACAAGCCGGCCUAGCAGGAAAGGUGCAUUCUUUAUUUCUUGUAGCGCGUAGUAAUUAUCAAAUUCUAUGCCAGCCAUGUCAAGGAGUUGCCUGGAACUCUCCAUGUGGCAAAACCAAAGUUUGGAAAUUUAAUAAAUCAAUCAGGAAGAGGACAUUUAAACUAGUUUCCCUUCAAACUAGUAUUGCUUUCACCAUGGCUGAGAACCAGCACAGUCAGCCCUCUGAAAAACAACCUGGUGAAUCAACAGACUCAACACCUGUCUUACCAAGAACUUACGGGAGUUUGCUUGGAUCAAACACUCCUCCAAAAAUGGAAUGGCCCGAGUUAGUAGGCCUGACCCCAGAGGAAGCAGAGACAAAGAUUAAGGAGGACAUGCCAAGGGUCCACAUUCAGGUGGUCCAAGCUAAUUCUUUUGUUACCAUGGAUUUCAACCAAGGUCGGGCUCGAUUGUACCUUGACCCUUCAGGAAAAGUGCAGAGGCCUCCAAGAAUUGGUUAAAAGCAGCUUGUCUCCAAUACUAUUUCAUAGUUCUUGAAAUUGCAGGCCCUAAAUUUGUUCUUAAUGUGCUUGUAAAUUGCGCAUCAGUUGUAAUCUUCCAUUGCUGUCUUUGAGUUAUACAUUGUUAUUGCUUCUCUCUUUCUGUUAGUACAAUUAUAUGAAUGAACUGCAAAUUUCCUUCAUACCAACAAAAUGCUUGGCAGAGCAGGGCCUCAG